AUCAACCACGACUGGGUGGAAAUUGCGGUCUUUGAAGAAGGUAAAAAGGUCGAGUUUGUCAAGAAGGUAACUGCAAUUGCUGAAGAAAACCAAAGCAGAAGAGAGGGAUUUGGAGUUCAAAGGUCGAGAAUCAAACUUUCUCUUCAACCACUGAAGUAAUCGGUGGAAAGUCGUCUCCAGGGGCACGGCCGGAAGUGUGCUGCUCCUUCUGAGUAUAGUUCAUCUUAACACGGAGGCACCUUAACCCUGAGGGAGCAAUAUCUGUUGUCUGGACAAAAGAGUGCGCGGAGUGAUGCUGGUUUGCGUCAGACGGAAUGUGACUGGAGGAAAAGCUCAGGGUUUGGCGGAAAGACGGGGGAUUGCAGUCAAAGCUCCGAGACAUGUCUCUUGAUGGUGUUACACUCAUACCAAGCUGCUGGCCAGAAUCGACGACUUCAUCGCGGUAACUACAGCACUCACCCAUAGGUUAACGUGGUUCGCUCAGUUCGAGCGCAGGCCGUCCCAGGCAGUCUGUUGCUGAGUGUGGUGAUGCGGGAUUUCCCGAGGAACCUGACGCUGGAGACGGGCUGGAUGUCCGGCAGGAGUUGCUCGAACGGCAGCGAGGAGUCCUGGCUGGGCUGCAGCCUGGUCAGUCGGUCCCUGGUGGUCACCUUCAUGCUGUUACUCGCCUGUGCGGUGGUGGCGGGCAACUUCAUCACCGUGGCGGUCUUCCUCAGGACCAAGGAGUCCCGCACCCCUCAGGGCUACCUGAAGGUCUCCCUGGCCCUGGCCGAUCUGGCGGUGGGGCUCCUGGUGCUCCCUUUCUCCGCCUACACGGAGAUCGCGUUGCUGGGGAGCGCCAGCCGCCCGCCCUGGCAGCCCGGCUAUUCGGCCACGGGAGGUGGCGCGCUGUGGCAGCCCUGCAGCCUGGUGGGCGUGGUGUUCGCCGGCUGCACCUUCGUGUCCAUCAGCACCAUCUUCCUGCUGUCGGUGGAGCGGGGUGUAGCCAUCCUGAGACCCCUCCACAAGGAGGUGGUGAUCACCCGGAGGAGGACCUGGCUCCUCAUCCUGCUCUCCUGGUUCACCAGCUUCCUGCUCGCCACUGCCCCCCUGCUCUCCAGCGGCCACUUCUCCCUGGAGUACAGCGAAUGCAGCCGCAUGUGUAACUACGCCUUGGUGGCCGGCGCCCCCCCGCAGUCCGGCGGGAGUAUCCUCCUCCUCUUCCCCGCCUUUGACUUCAUCAUCCUGGGGGCCACCGUGAUCGUCAACGCGCUGUCCUUCCGCACCAUUUGUCGCUACUCCGAGAGGCGCAAGUUCUUGGCUGAGCUGGGGAACCUACCCGCGUCCCUGCGCCCCUCCUCCUCAGACAUUAAAGCCGCCAAAACCAUCGGCAUCCUGACUUUGGUCUUCACCGCCUCUUUCAGCCCGGUCGCCGCCUUCGUGCUGGGCAAUGUCAUGGGCUAUCGCUGGUGCAGCUUCUCCUUCUUCGCCUUUUGGGUGCUGGCGUCCAACAGCUGCUGCAAUGUCAUCAUCUACAGCGUCAGGGACCAGAGGUUCCGCAAGGGCCUGCACCAGUUAUUCCACAAAACCCCACACUGAUCCUCAGGAAAGGACUGUGCUCUGAGGAACCGGGAUUUUCCCGAAGGGCGUACCCACAUGCAUAGCCUUUCUGACUGGAUAGUGAGUAUCACCAGAUCCGGCUGCCCACCGAAAUUGCUGAGCAUGAUAGAGUCCUUCCACAGUAAUGUGAAGGGGACAAUGCAGUUCAACGGCUGCUCUUAUGAGCCCAUCCACAUCCGCAGAGGCAUCAAACAAGGCUGCUUCCUCGCUCCCACACUCUUUGGGAUUCUGUUUUGAUGUGAUGCCUUUGGCACCGCACCGGAGGGGACUUACCAAUGCACUAGAUCAGAUGGCAGGCUCUUCAACCUGGCCCGCCUUUAGAGCCAAGACAAAUCUACGCUAGCGUUGGAGGCUGACAUUUUUGUCUUGACUGUCAGCUUGGGAUUUGACCAUACUUGAGUCGUGAGGCUAACAAGAGUUGAGGCUGCUUUCCCAAUCCUCUUCUUGACCUCUGUGUCUAUGGAGGGAUUAUCAGUGAUGGUAGAGCCAAUGUAAGCACACUUAUCAGGGACAUGCUGUUUGCCGACAAUGCUGCAGUUGCAUUGCCGACACCCAGCAGGAACUCCAGUUACUGACAGACCGCUUCUCUCAUGCUUGCAAGGAUUUUGGGCAAUCAGUCUGAAGAAGAUGAGCAUCCUGGGACAGGACACAGAGACACUGCCAGUCAUCACCAUCAACAACUACAAACUCAAUGUCAUCCAUCAGUUUAUGUACCUUGGCUCUACCAUCACUGACAACCUCUCCUUGGACACAGAGAUCGAGAAGAGGAUCGAGAAAGCAGCUUCAACUCUUGCUCGCCUCAUGACUCGAGUAUGGACAAAUCCCAAGCUGACAGUGAAGCCAUAAAAUGUCAGUCUACAAUGGCUGCUUCAUAAGCACACUGUUGUACGGUAGUGAAAUGUGUCAGGAGAAAGACUGAACACCUUCCACUUGAGGAGUAUCCACCAUAUCCUGGGUAUAUCCUGGCAAGACAGAGUGUACAGCACAGUGGUCCUAUCUCGUGCUGGCCUUCCCAGCAUGUACAGUCUGCUCAGGCAGCGGAGACUGCACUGGCUGAGCCACAUCCACCGCAUGGAGGAUGGACGCAUCCCAAAGGUUAUUCUCUAUGGAGAACUUGCGGCCGGGAAGAGAACCACUGGGUAUUCCCAGCUGCGCUACAAGGACAUCUGCAUGAGGGACGUGAAGGCGCUUAAUAUCAUUAUGGAGUACUGGGAAAGGCUUGCAGCUGACCGCAUGAAAUGGAGAACCACCCAGAAUCAACAUCUCAAAGCUGAUGACCGUUGCAGCAGACAAGCGGGCACCAAGGAAGGAGUGCAGCAGCUCUGGCAGAUCAACGACUACAUACAGAUGUGACCUCUGUGACCGGGACUGUCACUCCAGCAUUGGUCUCUUCAAUCACAUAGAACAAUACAGCGCAGAACAGGCCCUUCGGCCCUCGAUGUUGCGGCAACCUGUGAACUAAUCUAAGCUCA